AUGUCUGAGACGCCUCUCACCAGCGAGCAGAUCAACGCGCUGCGCGACGCGGAGCUGGACCAGUGGAAGACGCAGGAGAACGCGGCCGACCUCAUGGUGCCGCUCAUCGGCCGCCUCUACCGCGAGAACAACGUGGUGAGCGUGCUCUUCGGCAAGGGCCUCGUGCACAAGAACAGCAUCGACCUCAUCAAGCUGCACAACUACGUCUGCAAGUACGUGGGCAAGCGCAUGCAGCCCACCGAGACGCUCGUGGUGCUGCUGGCGCUCGUGCAGUACGCGCCCAAUGCGCGCGACAUGCGCAUCGACCUGGGCCGCACCUUCGUCUUCAUGGAGAAGGAGGUGCUCGACGUGCAGGCGCAGGUCACGCCCGAGGCGCGCGACGCCAAGAUCCGCGCGCUCGGCGAGCUCAUCAACACCAAGAUGGCUCCGCUCACGCAGGCGCCGCCCUCCUUCACGCCCAGCGACGUGGUGCUCUACGGCUUCGGCCGCAUCGGCCGUCUGCUGGCCAGGCUGCUCAUUGAGAAGAGCGGCCCCGGCGUGAAGCUCAUGCUGCGCGCCAUUGUCGUGCGCAAGGGCACCAAGGAGGACCUCAUCAAGCGCGCCAGCCUGCUGCGCCGCGACUCGGUGCACGGCCAGUUCCAGGGCAGCAUCACCUUCAACGAGGAGGCCAACGCCAUCAUCGCCAACGGCAACCUCAUCCAGAUCAUCUACUCGGACGGCCCGGACAAGUGCGACUACACCAAGUACGGCAUCAACAACGCCGUGGUCAUCGACAACACGGGCCGCUGGCGCGACGCCGACGCUCUGGGCCUGCACCUGAAGUCCCCCGGUGUGUCCAAGGUCAUCCUCACGGCGCCCGCCAAGGGCAGCGUGCCCACGAUUGUGGCCGGCGUGAACGAGAACAUGAUCUCGAGCUCGGAGAACAUCUACUCGGCUGCGUCGUGCACGACGAACGCCAUUGCGCCGUCGCUGUAUGCGCUGGACAAGAAGUUCGGCAUCGUGGGCGGCCACAUUGAGACUGUGCACUCGUUCACGAACGACCAGAAUCUGAUCGACAACUACCACAUGAAGGAGCGUCGUGGACGCAGUGCUGUGCUUAACAUGGUUAUCACUGAGACGGGCGCUGCGGCCGCUGUGGUCAAGUGCCUCCCCUCGCUCAAGGACAAGCUGACUGCCAACGCCAUCCGCGUGCCGACGCCCAACGUGUCGCUGGCCAUUCUGAACCUGCAGCUCGACCCGACCAAGGCCGAGGGCAUCACCAAGGACUCAAUCAACUCGUUCAUGUCCAAGGUGUCGCUGGACUCCCCGCUCCAGAACCAGAUCGACUUCGUUAACUCGGCUGAGGCUGCGUCUUCCGACUUCAUUGGCAGCCGCGCCGCUGGCACUGUCGACGGCAAGGCCACCAUCGUUGACGGCAACAAGGUCGUCCUGUACGUCUGGUACGACAACGAGUUCGGCUACAGUUGCCAGGUCGUGCGUGUGCUGCAGCGACUCAUGGGCAUCAACCACACGCGUUUCCCAGCCAAGGAGCAGGUUGAGGAGAUCGACAGCGCUCUCAACCUCACCUGGAACAUCUAG